GUACAGCUCUCCGGUUUCAUUCAGUCAGUCAGUAUCUCUGAAGAGAACAUCAGUUGUGCGUUGGACAUCUCUUUCACGCCAUUUAAGCGUUCAACUCUCUCACUUAGUAAACAAUUUACGAUAAAAAUCACACUUCUGCCUCUUUUAUUUCCGCGAAAUUGGAUGCACUUCGACUUGGGUCCAAUUACCGGUCUUCUUAAAAAGGCGUCAGUCGGGAAAAGCCCAGUUUAUAUAGUUUCUUUAUACGGGAAUUAUCGCUUAAAUGGAGGGAGUUGAACUCUUUUUAGAGCGCAAUAUCAUUGAAUCUUAUCACCAACUUCUUCCGUCUGUGGCUCCUCCUAUCUUGGCUCUGGCCUGACAGAGAGAGCAUUUCUCGGUAGGGAGCGCUCUGGCAAACAUGGCAGAUAUGAAACAAAAAUAUUCUGUUGACGUCUUCAAGUGAAGGCUGGUAAGCCCAGAAAUGCCCUUUCCAAAUGGAAGACUUCAAUGCCUCAAGUUCAGUGUUAUGAUAUGAAAUCUUCAGUGAAAUACUCCUGAAUUGUUAGAUGUAAUUAUUGAGAUUUGCAAGACAUACUUUACAAAAAAAAGAAAAAAAGCCAAUUGGUAGAGUUGAUGUACCAAAAACGAUAAUUGGAUUAUUAAAUGGAACAAAUCCUGAAUUACUACGGUUUAAAAAAAUUAAUUUGACAAGAAAAAAAAAAAAAGUGUCAGAAUUUGCUGUAAAAAAAAAUUCGCUUAAAAAAUCCUGAAUUACUAAAAUUAAAAAAAAAUAGUUUGAAAAGGAAAAAUAAAAUUAACGAGUGAAAGAUUUUGGUGUCCAGAAAACGCAAUGCAUUAAAAUAAAAUAUCCUGAAUUAUUAAUAUUUAAACAAAACAGUUGAAAAGGAAAAAAAAAAACUUGAAGAUGUGAAAGAUUUCGUUGUAGAAAAAAAAAAGAGAAAAAGGAAAUGUAGCCAUCAGAAGUCACAACCGCUUUUAAUGAAAAUGUGAAAACAAACUGAAUAAUCCUUAAAAAAAAAAAAAAUUAAAGUAGACACCUUAACCAAACGUGUGAGAAGUGAAACUGGUGAUAAUAGUUACCGAUAUCUGAGAAACGUAAGAAUUGCCAAUGAACAUGGCGCCAAUAUCCUGGUCAGGUAUCGUACGAGUCAUGAGGAUGAAGAAGGUGACAGUUGCCAUGUUGGCUGUCUUGGGCUUAAUUGUCGGCGCCCUGACAGUUCACGUUGCUGGAACAGUCUACUUUUACAGCGACUACCUCGUCCUCCUCCUCCCCGACCCGUCCCUGCCUAUCAUGGAACGCCACCCCGAUGGCGCCAAAGUCGGCGCGAACGACCUCCCCGUCGGGAGGCGAGAGAUGAAGGAAGUCAGGGGGAGUCCUGAGACGACUCGGAAAGCUCCCAGGAUCCUCUGCUUGAUCAUCACCUCGCCCGAGUAUCACGACGAGAGGGCCAGUCACGUGGCGGUGACCUGGGCACGUCACUGCACCGAUUCGGUGUUCCUGACGACGAGGCGGGACCUCAGGCUGCCUCGCACCAUCCUCACGCCGGGGGCGUCGUCCUAUCGCCAGCUGUGGGGAAAAGUGAAGCAAGGCUUCGAAUGGGCGUACAACCAUCGCGACGACUACGAUUGGGUCUUCAAGGCUGACGACGACACCUUCGUUGUAAUAGAGAACUUGCAAGCAGCUGUUGCAUCCUUAGACCCAGAUGAACCACAAGCAACAGGGAAUCACCUCUCCACUUGGGACAGGGGUUCGACUUACUUCAACGGGGGAGCUGGGUACGUCCUCAGCAGGGGCGCCGUCAGGAAGCUUGUGGAGGAGGGACUCAGGUCGAGGGCCUGUGACAACAACCUUCACCUGGGCACGAACGAGGACGUCAAUAUGGCGGACUGCCUGGCGUAUUUAGGUGUGGAGUUCCUGGACUCACGUGACCGCCUGAAGCGACAGAGGUUCAACGUUUACCCACCCCAGCAACUGGUUGAUCCCAGGAAAAUCAAUCGCAUUGCUCACUUCUGGCUCAACAAGGUGUCCGUGUUCCCCUACAAAUUCGGUUACUCCGAAAUGAGCGACGAGGUCAUCAGCUUCCACUACGUGGAUGCCCCGACGAUGUACCUCCUCUACUACCUCAUCUACAUCGUCAAUCCCUACAACUCGGACCGCUCGGAUACCUUCCAAAAACUCGAACGGGACACGCGUGAUUACGAGACUAGGACUUUGAGGUGAUGGUGGGCCGUGUGGCUCCCAGAGACACUUGUUUCUGGCGAAAAGGCUACAAUAGACUCUGUGAGCGGUCUUGGAGAGACUAAUUGUUUUGUGAAAGGCUACUAUAGACUCAGUGAGCUGUUUGGAGAGACUAAUGCGUUGGCGAAAAGGCUAUUACUAUUAGACGAAUGUGUAUUGUGAAAGGCUACAAUAGAGUAGACUCGGUGAGUUGCCUUGGAGAGACUAAUGUGUUUGGCGGAAAGACUCUUAGAGACACAGCUUUUUUGGAGAGACCAAUGGCCUAUGAUUUCAUGAAAUUCCGGUCAUAAGUGGCCUCUUUUUAUAUCAGCUGGCUUAGAUAUUCAGUUUUUGGGAGUACGGUCAGGUAGUACAACCACAACCCGGCAAUAUAUAAUUAUCCAGAAUUUACUUAUGAUUUUAGGGAAGUGGAAAUGGUUUCAUUAGAAACAUAUUUAAAGCUAUGUAAAUAGUUACAGGAACAUCGCUCUUCUUAGGUGAAAUACAAGCAGUAUUAUCUUGAAGGCAUUUAUAUGCGUAUAUAACCUCGCACUAGGCAGUAAGACUUAAAUGUGAAAAUUUAGUCUUCACAGUGCAAAGUUAGUUUUAUUAGCCAACGCUGCGAAAAAUGUGUAAAUCAAAGUCUAUAUUUUUGUCCUAGUACUGGAAAAAAAGGUUAACCAUACUAAUGCAAAAAUUUAAGUGUAUUGAUUAAACUUAUGCAAUUUAUUUAAAUGCUUUGAUAAUAGUAUUAAACGGUUCCCGUGUUGAAAUAUAAAAGUGUCAUGAAAUUAGACAAGAGGCCUCCGGAUAUAUCCAAGAAGCCUCAGGAUAUAAACCAAGAACAAAACCCCUUAGAAAAAACUAAGAGGCCUUAGGACAUCGCCUUAAGAAUAUAAACAUGAAGAAACCUUCAGACAUAUACCAGGAGACCUUAGGAUAUACACCAACAGGUCUCGGGACUUAAACCAAGAAGCCUUAGGAUUUAUACUAUGAAGAGACUUAAGGACAAGAGGCCCUAAGAGGAAGCCUUGGGAUUUAUACCAAGAGAUUUAAGGACAAGAGGCCCUAAGAUACGAACCAAAAGGUCUUAGGACACAUACCAAGAACCCUAAGAAUCCCAAGAGGACUUGCUGAACACACCAAGUCCUUAGAACUUUGAAACCAAGAGGACUCCACGACUAAUACAAGACAAUAUAAUGGCACAAACGGCAAACCACUGACGCAGACAGAUAUUUGCCAAUCAUUCCAUCCUUGCGCUGUUGGUUUUUCGUAGCGUGACAAAACCGAACUUUUUAUUACAGAGAACAAAGUGGUGUUGCUGGAUUGCAUGCAGGCAUGCGGCAAUGUUGCAGUGUUCCAUCUUAUCAAAGCGGGUGAAAUAUUGCAUUCCAGAGUCUAGUCGGAUUAAAACAAGGGAAACUUGGUGUCAAAUGAAUUUCUAAGUACGUCUAAGAUCUCUUUUAUUUCUUUCGAGUGAGAUGAUGAUAAGUACGGAUGAAAUCGAAUUCCAUUUUUGAUUCAGAAAGAUAAUUGCAAAUUUUGCAAUUUACGUACCAAAGUGUUUUAAUAGACCCAACGCGACAUCAUGCAAAAUAAAUGUCAAUAUUUUUUCUAGUUAGAAGAGUCUCCCUCUCUCUCAUACACACGUGAACACGAACUCAUCCCUUUCUCUCUCUCUCACCUACACACACAAUUCUCUCUCACACACACA